GCGCGGGCUUUGAGGUAGUUUUCUUCACCAAUAAACCCUAAACCUCCCCCAUCGACGACAUCAGGAGCUCCCAAAGGCUCCCACCGCUGCAUUCCGACUCCUCAGAUAUCCUCCCGCCGUCUCCAGUUUCGCAUCUUCUCGGUGAAGCGAGGAAUCGGUUGCCUCCUUUCUUGCGAAAUAUCUGACCUAGAGAGUAUGGCUGCUUGUUGCAGAUCAAUGGGUGCCCCAGCUCUUAAUACGAAGAAGAAGGGUGCGAAACCCCCACAUAAAAAGAAGCUGAAGAAUGAUUUGUUUGCUGAAAAGCGCUCGAAAAAAGAUGACAUUCCCGACGAAUCGGACGAUCAGGGUGAAGAUGUCGAAGAACAUGAAGAAUCUGAAGUGGAGGAAGAUCAAAGUGGUGAUUCUGGUUCUGAAGUAUCCUCUGAUGGAGACGAUCCUCUUGCAGAUGAUUUUCUCCAAGGAAGUGGAGAUGAAGAUAAAGCUUCCAGUUUGGAUGAGCACUCAGAUUCUGGUUCGGAUUCUGACGAGUCGGAUAUUGAGCAGAAGUCCAGAGCUAUCGAUGAAGAAAGGGCUAGGAUAGAGGAAGAAGCAGGAGCGGAAAUGCAGCUUAACAUCAAAGAGGAAUCUGAUGAGUUCAGAUUGCCUACGAAGGAGGAACUUGAGGAAGAGGCUCAUAGGCCACCCGAUCUUCCAAAUAUGCAGAGGAGGAUAAGAGAAAUUGUUCGAGUGUUGUCAAAUUUUAAGGCACUGAAGCAAGAGGGAACAACAAGGAAGGACUAUGUUGAGCAACUUAAAAGAGAUCUAGCUUCCUAUUAUGGUUACAAUGACUUCCUUAUUGGGGCUUUGAUGGAGAUGUUCCCGCCAGUUGAGCUUAUGGAACUCAUUGAAGCGUUUGAAAAACCUCGACCUAUAUGUCUACGUACAAAUACUCUAAAGACAAGGAGACGGGAUCUGGCUGAUGUUUUAAUUAACAGAGGAGUAAACUUGGAUCCAUUAAGCAAGUGGUCGAAGGUUGGCUUAGUUGUUUACGAUUCCCAAGUGCCUAUCGGUGCAACUCCUGAAUAUAUGGCGGGAUUCUACAUGUUGCAAAGUGCAAGUUCGUUUUUGCCUGUGAUGGCACUUGCUCCACAAGAAAAAGAACGUGUUGUUGACAUGGCAGCUGCACCUGGAGGUAAAACGACAUAUAUUGCAGCUCUAAUGAAAAAUAGUGGUGUGGUUUUUGCAAAUGAGAUGAAGGCACCAAGGCUGAAGUCUCUCACUGCUAAUUUGCAUCGGAUGGGUGUGACGAAUACAAUAGUAUCCAAUUAUGAUGGGAAGGAGCUACCUAGAAUUUUGGGUGUAAAUUCAGUUGACAGAGUAUUGUUAGAUGCACCUUGCAGUGGGACUGGGGUCAUAUCGAAAGACGAAUCAGUCAAAACUUCCAAAAGCCUUGAAGAUAUACAGAAGUGUGCAUUUCUGCAGAAGCAAUUGUUACUUGCGGCAAUUGACAUGGUGGAUGCAAAUUCAAAGUCUGGAGGUUACAUAGUAUACUCCACAUGCUCUAUCAUGAUUCCAGAGGUAUUAUUCUUAGAGAUAUUUCACAUUAUUUUGCCUCCUUUUGGAUGUUAUAUAGCUUCUAUUUUGCAGAAUGAAGCAGUAAUCGACUAUGCUUUGAGGAGGAGGGAUGUUAAACUUGUACCUUGUGGAUUAGACUUCGGUCGUCCUGGGUUUAUCCGGUUUAGGGAGCAUCGGUUUCACCCUUCUCUGGAGAAGACAAGGCGUUUCUACCCUCAUGUUCAUAAUAUGGACGGGUUUUUUGUGGCAAAGCUGAAGAAAAUGAGCAAUUCAAAGCCAACUUCAGUACCUGCUGAACCAUCAGAAACAGUGGAACAAGUUUUGGGGCCUGAGGAAGAUAGCAGCAUAAAGGAUACAGUGGAGGAACCUCAGAAUCAGACAGAAGCUGCGGAAAAUCAUGGUGUUGUGGAGAAUGGUCAUGUUAACAAUAAGAAAAGAAAAUCGCCAUCCAGCUCUAAGAAGAUUAAAGGGAAAUGGCCUUCCAGAGACGAAAUGUCCAGAACAAGAGAGAAAAGAACUAAAAGGAAAUUCCCAUCCAGAGAGGAAAUAUCUAAAAUGAGGGAGGAGAAGAGAGAGACAUGGAGGAAAAUGAAUGCUGCAAACAAAAAAAGAGGAAAGUAGGAGUGUUAGCAGUUGGUAGAAGGCAAAGCACUCGUCGAAACCAGCUGAUCUGCUACUUGUGGUCCAGCUGUCCAACUUGGUUUGGGAGCGGAGGAAGCACAGCUGGUGGCAUUUUGCCAUUGAUUGAAGAACAUGCUGAAUGAAGCUCACUAAAGGAGUUCUAACGUAUACUGCUGAUCAUUAUGAUAAAAAGAUCAGGUUUUCGAAUCCAGCGAAGCGUCAGAGUUUAAUGACUGCCUUUUUUGUUGGGCUGUUGAUGUCCCUUAAAAUUUUGUUUGCUUUGUAGCGUUCAUGUAACUUAAGAUCAGCUGUCACACAAUUCUCUUGAUAAAGUUUGGAUGACCAGUGCAUGAUAUUGCUCUGAAAAUUUUGGGUCUAUUCACAACUGGGACAUCGGCUCCCUUUCCUCUUUGAAAAUGAUGAGAGAAGGUGCAUGUUUA